AUGCGACUCCCAUUCUUGAGCCCUUCCCCCCAAAGGGCCCUCCUCCUCCUCCUCCUUGGCCCCCCGGGUCUUUCUGCCGCCCAUGGCCCCACCGAAACUUCCGUAGGGGCUUCUACCGGUCUAUGUGAGGCCAGGACAAUCAAUUACAUCACCCAUACUCUCCCACAGCUGUGUCUGCCGACAGCAUGGUCUGCGUCGCAACAGAUGGUCGGCAAUGCCACCAACCCCACCGCUACAGGGGCCUCCCCAACGGGCUCGACGACUGAGACGGCAACGGCGACACAGGGUACGCGUCAGGAAGAAGCCCCAGUGGAGAGCAACACCAAGCCAGACCCAUCGACCGGCCAGAUCGCCCAGGAUGGAACGCAGGGCACGCAGGAAGAAGACACAAAAGCAAAGCGCGCCGAGGAAGACUCAGAGGAUCUGGCCACCGAGUCGUUCAUGUCAUUCGACGAGUGGAAGGCUAUGAUGCUGAAGAAGUCGGGCCAAGACCUGGCCGACCUCAAGGACAGAAAGCGCCGCGAGGCACGAGAUGCAGACCCCGGCGUGGGCAGUGGUCUUGACGGCUGGGGCGAGGACGGCGAGAUCUCCCUGGACUUUGACGUACUCUCAGACAAGAUCUCCGAGAUGACAGCCACCGAUAGUGUCGGUGCUGGAGCCGUCUCCACCAACGCGCCGAACACAGAAGUGCAGGACACCACUAUGUAUGACAACGGAGUUGCUCAUUAUCGCCGUCCAAAGGAUGCCGGAAAGACUUGCAAGGAGAGGUUUUCCUACUCGUCUUUCGACGGCGGCGCAACAGUGCUCAAGACUACCCCGGGCGCGCAAAAUCCAAAGGCCAUUCUUGUCGAAAACAAGGAUUCCUACAUGCUGUUCACAUGUUCUCAGGAGAAUAAGUUUGUUAUUGUCGAGCUCAGCGAGGACAUCCUUGUCGACACCGUUGUUUUGGCAAACUUUGAGUUCUUCUCCAGCAUGAUACGUAGUUUCCGUGUCAGCGUGAGCGAUAAGUAUCCAGUCAAGAUGGAGAAGUGGAAGGACCUGGGGACAUUCCAGGCCAGGAACUCCAGAGAUAUACAGUCAUUUCUUAUCGAGAAUCCCAAGAUAUGGGCAAAGUACAUCCGGAUCGAGCUACUGUCGCACUACGGGAACGAAUAUUACUGCCCUGUGUCUCUUCUCCGGGUUCACGGUACUCGGAUGUUGGAUUCCUGGAAGGACGGUGAAGCAGGCCUCGAGGACGACGAACCAGCCGAAACGAUUGAUGGCCCCGAGGCGGUUCCCGAGGAAGAGCCGAUGCAUCAGAGCCUCCCAGAGACAGAGGCCGAGCCCACCCAUGCAGCAGAAGUAAAAACUACUGUUGCAUUCAGCGAAGUGUCUUUCGAACACGGACUCUCCCCAUGGUAUCCGCCUCUCUUCAACGACCCUUCGUAUGAUACUUGUGGCAUCGGCACACCCACAAUGACAGAGACGAUCGACGUUUCUCCGUCAGCUUUACCAAACAAAAGCAUUCCGUCCUCGUCUCAGUCUGCUGUCAGUACCGAUGAUGGCGGCGUUUCUGCGACGGCUGGAAACUCAACCGUAGAAUCUACAGUUGCCUCUUCACCUUCACCAAGCAUCUCAAUAUUCACCAAUCCGCCCUCCAAUACAUCCACGCCAUCCGCUUCCCAUACUGCCACGUCCAACAGGGUCGCCGAUACCGUGGCAGAUACAACGCAAACCAUCCAGAAGACCGUCGAAGCUGACAUCCCGAAGUCGUCUAUGACGCCUCCGAAGGCGUCGGCCUCAGCCAAGACGCAAAACUCGCCGCCUUCAAAACCUGCAGCAAAGAACUCGGUGGCCGGGCACUCUCCCCAUCAGCCGUCCAAGACCAACUCCCAAAACAGGAGCACAACCAACACUUCGUCUUCAGCAGCAGCAUCGCCAACGGUCCAAGAGUCAUUCUUCAAGUCCGUGUCUAAGCGACUGCAGUUCCUCGAGUCCAACACCACUCUAUCGCUCCAAUACAUCGAGGAACAGUCCAAGUUCCUGCAAGAAGCUCUCAAGAAAAUGGAGCGCAAGCAAAUCUCGCGCGUCGACUCUUUUCUUGACAACCUUAACAGCACAGUCUUCUCUGAACUGCGCAGGGUCCGUCAGGAUUAUGAUCAGAUCUGGCAAUCAACUGUAAUUGCCUUGGAGACGCAGCGCGAGCAGUCACAGCGUGACAUUAUCGCGCUCAGAGAUGAGGUCAUCUUCCAAAAGCGAAUGGCGAUAUUCCAGUCCGUCCUGCUCCUCUGCUGUCUUGUUCUGGUCGUGUUUAGCCGGGGCGUAUUCGGUGGCAGCGGCGUGAGCGCGGACCAGUGGCCUAUCUCGUCCACGUCGCAAUUUAUCAACUCUUAUCUCGGCUCACCGCGAUGGCCACCGGGGUCACCGCAGUCCAUUAGUCGAUCAAAUACGCCGGAUCGCAACGGCAACGUCGGCACGCCGCAGCCAGCUGGUACACAAGCCCCGGUGCCUCGGCAUGGAGUGGCACGUCGUAGAGUCUCAUACACGGACAAGGUGUUGCCGCUGACACCCACGUCCGAAGAGUUCGACAGCAAUGAUAACGGAACACCGCCACCGCUCCCUCGUUCACAUACCCAGAAGGCUCCCAAAAUUCGAAUCAACGAAAUUACGCCAGACGAAGAGUAUUUCGACAGAGACAGACUUGACCAGGGGUCCGACGGCAACAGCACUGCAACCCCCCAGGCAUUUGAGCCCGUACGAGAGGAUCCAAUGUCCACAGUAGCUAUGCACGUCAGUGAAGACGAGGAGGGGGAUGAUGAGGAUGAGUUCUCAGACAGUGCGUCCGCGCCAUAUCUCGACUCGAGAGAUUCGACCGUGGAGGUGGAAAGCGUGCAACGACUAGAUGACCUUGACGAAGAUACGAUGGAACCAAGCAAACCACCACUUACACGAUCGCCGCUGUCGGAGUUAGGGGCAGAAUCAUCGCGAAAACCUCUGCCAGCCCUGCCAGAGCAAGACCCAACAUGA